AUGUUGGCUAGUAAACUAUCUACAAAAGCGACAGUUUCCACAUCGGUUUCAUCGCCGGUCUCAAUAUCAACAUUGAGAUUUGUUGCGAGGUUUAUAUGGAGUCGUCAAAAUACGACUUUAAAGAGAUCAGACGAUAAUCAGCAAGAGACAGAAAUACUAGCAGCUGCACUAAACCUUCUUACUAAAAAGCCCCAAAAAUCUUCACCAUUGUCUUAUUCGAUUGAUUACAAACCGUCUCUUUUCAAAGCCGUGACUCGCGGAUCGCUGACUGAGACAUUACCAAAUGAAUCACCAUUCAUAUCGGAAGCAGACGCUGCUCAGCACAUAUCCUUUAUCAAUAGUUUAAUACGUGAUGUCAACUUGCCGCUGAGUACAAUGCUUGAUAUAAAUGCACCAAAAUUGCUAAAUGAAAUGAAUGCGAGUCAACUCAGCUCCUAUAUAAAACUGGUACAAAAUGAAAAUGUGUUGAUUGAAAUUGUUCAUUUGUUCUUGAUUCAUAAACGUCUCAACUUGCGUGUUUUGGGCGAUGUAAUAAUGCAUCCCAAAUUGGUGAAUUUGAGGAAACUCCCGUUCAAUUUAGAUGAGCCUGAGAAGAUACAGGGUAUACAAGGAUUACUGGUUGUUAAGCUACGUAUUCUUUUGCUCCGGAAAUAUCAAAUGUUACACCAGCCUAAUAAGAUUUUGGCUAAUUUGAAGCAAAAUAUUGAAGAAUACCUCUCGUUGAUUAAGAAGCAUCAGCUCUCGGCACAUUAUGAACGAACAGUAUGGAGGUUCGCAUUUAACUAUAUGAAGCAAUAUGAUCAAUUACAUUACAUCAAAGUAAUGAACAAUAUAAGAACAAGUGCUUUAAUUUGGCAAGCCAGUUCACAGGAAAGGAGUAGACAAGUUGCCUCAUGGUUAUUGAUGCAUCAUGGAGACAAGCUUAAUCAGCUCGAGAAGAUUUUUUGGAAACUCGCACAGUCAACUGAUGAUUUUCAGCUUAAAAGAUUGGCAAUAAAGUACAAAGUAGAAGAGUUGGAUCAAAGUUUGCACAAAGUAGAAGAGUUGGAUCAAAGUUUGCACAAAGUAUGCUAUUCCUUUAUCAAUGAGUUGGAAAAAUUUUUAAUCAAUACACACCAUGAUCAACUGUUAAACAGCGUGCUUGAUGAAUUGACCAACUACCGUGCGAAAUAUAUCAAGUACGUAUAUAGUAAACGUCUUGACAAUACAGGUAAUGAUGACAUUUCCAUGCAAGAAGAGUUGACCUUGCACAGAGCCUAA